AUGGAAUCGCAGAGGCUAAAGGUCGCUCCAGGUAGUCAAAAUGCAGACAGAUUCAUGUCAAUCCCUGGCGCUUUCCCGCCAACGCCACCUCAAUCGCCGCCCCAAAGCCCUCGCGUGGCCUCUAAAGAUGUUCCAACCGCGGAGCUUGAGGAGGUCGAACUUGUAGCUCAGACGCUACCAAUAUUGCACACUGAACUGGGGUCGCACCUACAUCCGAAGCCGACCCUGACCCUCACACCAUCGCCAAAGCGUGCCGUGGCCCCUUCGACUGCCCCAGCGAAAGCCAUUCGCAAGCCAGCGCUUCAAUAUGAUAUGGAAAUCCUGGAUCCGUGGAUGCGACGCUCUAUCGCAGAUGAGCGAGUACCACUUUCGGCGGUAUCACUGUUCUCCAGGGACUACAAGGAGCAGAGAGCUAUCCCGCCCGGUCGUAUUGAGUCCCCUUGGGCGUCGGAAUUGGCGGCACGCGAAAAAGCGAAAAGAGAACGCGAACGGGCUCAGCUCCGGCCCACGCGUAUAUUCCCAAAAGGACCUGCUGUCCGUAAACUUUCGUCGGCGUGGUCUGAGGAGGUUGUGGCUGCCAUGCGAAGGUCCCCGGACCGUGCAGUUGCUCGAAUACCGGCUGGAGACGAUCUCUAUCCCAAAGAUAUUUUAACUUGCCUCAGGGAAAUGUCAUGGCUCAAUGAUGAAAUCAUCAAUUCCUACCUGACAAUUCUAGUUCAGUACCUCCGCCAGUCUACAGGGAACACUGGCAAUGAAAAGCCACGCUACCACGCCUUCAACACAUUCUUCUAUUCCAAUCUGCGGGAUAAAGGGUACCAGAGUGUACGCCGCUGGGCGAACCGAGCUAAGAUUGGUGGCGAGUCGUUGCUGGAUGUGGACACUGUCUUCAUCCCUGUUCACCAGUCAAGUCAUUGGACUCUCCUGGUAGUGCGGCCAGCAGACCGUACCAUCGAGUACUUUGACUCAUUGGGCGCUAGAGGUGCUCAGCAAGUUAAAAUCAUCAAACAAUGGCUCUGCGGCGAACUUGGAGCAAAAUACGACGAGGGCGAAUGGAAUAUUCUCCAAGCUGUUUCUUCUCAGCAAGAUAAUGGUAGCGAUUGCGGUGUGUUCCUUCUCACAAAUGCAAAGGCCAUUGCUUUGGGCAUCGAACCGACUGCGUUUGGACCUACAGACACGCGAUUGCUACGCAAGAAGAUUGUUGCGGAGCUUAUCAAUGGCGGCCUUCAUGGGGAUUUCUCUCCCGUUGACCAACUGGGCAACAUUUUUCUCUGA